AUGUUUGCCAUCAUUUUAAAUGUGAUCCUUUGGGUCCCCCACAUCCAUGCGGUGUGGGCCUGCGUGCGGUCCUGCCCUGCCAACUGCGUGUGCACCCAGGAGCGGAGCUGCUCCGUCCUCUGCGAUCGUGCCGGUCUGGGGCAGAUCCCUAGCAAGUUCCCUUGCGAAGCCUCCUCUAUCAACCUGGACAAAAACAGCAUCAAGUUCCUCUCCGAGAGGGCCUUCGGGACCUUGCCUUCCCUCAAAUCCCUGUCGCUCAACCACAACAAUAUCUCCUUCAUCACCCCGGGGGCUUUCAAGGGGCUGCCCAGCUUGACUGAGCUGAAGAUGGCCCACAACGAGUACAUUCGCUAUCUUCACACGCGGACUUUCACUGCCCUCAGACGGCUGGUCAAGCUGGACCUGGCGGACUGCAAUCUUUUCAACAUCCCGGACAGGAUCUUCAUCGAGCUGCCUGCUCUGCAGGAGCUCUUCUGCUUCCAGAACAACUUCCGGAGGAUCCCAGGUGCCAUCAGGGGCAUGGAGAACCUGACCCACGUUUACCUGGAGAGAAACAGGAUCGAAGCGGUAGCCUAUAACUCCCUGCAGGGCCUGACCAAGCUGAAAUACCUGAAUCUGCAGGACAACAGGAUAAAUGUUGUUCACGAGCGAGCUUUUCAGGGCUGUCAGAGGAUGGAGUACCUGUACCUGAAUGACAAUUUGAUCAGCGAGCUUCCAGACAACUCCUUCGAUGGCCUGAGGAGCCUGAAGAUGCUCACUGGGGGGAAUUUUCUCAGGAAUGUUUCCAACACCUGGUUCAGAGACCUGGGGGAGCUGGAGGUCCUCUACCUGGACCGCAACAGGAUCCACUACAUUGAGGAAGGGGCUUUUGAAAACCUCACCAGCCUGGUCGCGUUGCACUUGAACAGCAACAACCUGACGACUCUGCCCUUUUCUGUCUUCCAGCCAGUGUACUUCCUUGGGCGGCUGUACCUCUUCCGCAACCCCUGGGAGUGCGACUGCCGCAUCGAGUGGCUGAAGGAGUGGAUGGAGAACUACAGGCUCGUCAGGGAUAUUCCCUGUGCCUCCCCCUCCUCAGUAGCCGGAAUUGACCUGAUGGACGUGCUCUACGAGAGAUCGCCAGAAGGUUACUGUCUUGACCCGGUGGAGCUAAACAUCACGUCCGAAGGCCCAACCCCAAGUGAAGAGCCUUGGUCUACCACGGAAAGCAAGUUCAACAGCCUUAUCUCCAAACUCCUGCUCCAGAUGGGCCUUCCCGAAGAGGUGGCAAACACUACCGAAGUCUAUGGUAACACCACGCAGCUGGAUGGACUGACUGAUGGGGUUUCUUCUGGGGUGGGGGAAGACAGUAUCAAGGCCGUCUCCUUCUCUUUUUACCUCCCAGCACUUUUUACAGUGAUUGUUUUGCAGUGCAAAUAGUCGAAGGGCUGCAUGGAGCAUGGGUCCUGCUUAAGCAUUUAGUCCCUGUACCUACCUAGUCAUUAGGGAAAAGUUUGUAUCGCGGGCUUCCGACACAUAGCUGGCUCCAAAAUCUCCCGGGUUGGGUUGGUUGGAUCUGGCUUCAGAUUCCCCUGCGAGCUGGUGGGAUCUGGUUCAAGGCUGGGUCCCACUCCGGGUGAGAAACCUGCCCUGUGGGGUCUCAGAGCCUCCUGGACACUCACAGAGCUGUGUGGAAGAUGAGCAAUGAAAGAACACCAGUAAGGUGGUUUUGCUUAGAGACGUGCGAUGUCCCCUGCUGGGAGCAGAGGGAAGAGAGGUCUGUACGGAUGGCGGUGCGGUGCUGUUUGUUCCGUUGGGCCAACGCCAGCUGACCCAACCAUCGACUUUAUGCGAGCAAGACGAGGCAGCAAAACUGGACCCCCUCUUCACACCCUGACAGACACCCACACCCAUGGCGGGUGCUGCUGAAGGCUGGCACACUAUUCCUCAUUUCCACCAGCGUGUGCGGGGGGGAGCAGGGCUGCCCUGGGCAGCGUCCAGGGAUGCAGGACUAGCCCUUGUGAACAGGAGAACAGCAUCUGGGGAGGGCGACUGCCCCAGGCGGGUCUAGGACGGGCACAGUGUUUUGGCCAUGACUACAGACAGGAUUUUGAUCCUUUCUCCCCCUACUAUUCUGGCACAGGUGCAGGAGAACCAGACGGACCCAUGUUUGUCAAAACAUUCUUCUCUGAGGAAAAGCUAUUUCAAUGUAACAGCUUACUUAUUAACAUCUGUUUCAAAUGUGGUUUUAUUUUUCAAUGAAUAUAUCGUUUCAAGGAAUAUAUUGUUUUUAUUUGUAGAUUAUUUCAUGGCAUGACAGCAGGGGCAGAACAUGGUGAUGACAAAUGCAACCAGGCCCUACUAAAUAUUUUGUAUUUCCACCACUAAUGUAUACCACAUAGCAUGUCAUAUUAUGCUGUACUAACCAACUAUGGCGUCAUUUUCUUUUAUAUGGCAUCUUACAUGUUUUAUCUUUGAAAUCUUCAGUGACAGCCGCUACUGUGAUCAGAAAGAAUUAUCAUGUAUUCUCUAUCAGAGCACAUUAAUAAAAUAAUUUGAUAUUUUGCUCUCAAAAAUAAAUU